AUGAUACUACACUCCAAAAAUUGUUGUUGUUUUGCUGCUCUAAAACCUUGGCUUGUCACUAUCUUUGAGGUCCAAAUCAGCCCUGCUGCAAUGAUGCUAAAAACCUAUAAAGCUAGGCUAGAUUGCACAAAAAAAACUUUGAGAGCUUGUAUAGAAAAUGCAAGAACCAACUUCUACUACAUUCAGAGCACAGGACACCGGUAUGAAGGUGGACUCUGGACAGACCGUCCAAAGCAGGAUUUCUAUAACAAUGAAAGACAUGUUACAAUAGUCACAACUGCUGGUCUUCCUUGGGUGACGAGAACAGUUAUAAACCCAUUAUUUUCAGUUGCAUAUUUAUCACAAGGUAAGCCAUUUACACUCUUGCCAUUUAACUUCCUUGUAUGA